AGGAGCCAUCUUCCUGAUCCCAUUAUUAUACAUUUAGAAAAGAGAAGCCUUGGAAUAGAUGAAGCACAAGUCAUUCCUGGAAAAGGACUAGAAAAGCAGCUGCAGAACAUCGAGCCAGACCUCACUCAUCACCUAACAUUUCAAGCAAGAGAAGAAGAUGAGCCUUCAGAAUGUGCUGUUCCUAUCUCAACAGCUCUAAUUAAACAAAUUGCCAUGAAAGCACAAAGCGAGUACUCUACAAGUCAAAUUAUUUCCGACUUUUAUGGAGGAGAUUGCAACACUCUGCCUGCGUGGCCAUACAAUAAAAAAGAUACUGAUAGUGGGGAGCACCUGGCUCAGUGGGACAGCCCAAUGCGGGUGAAGCUUUCCCUCUGGAAGCCACAUCUCAAGACCUUGUUGACUGAGCUGCUCCCAUGGGCUCUCCUCAUCAACCAAUCCAGAUGGGAUCUUUGGUUAUUUGAGGGUGAGAAUAUCAUUCUUCAAAUCCCUGCUGGAAAAACCAUCAUUCCUCCCAAUUUCAAGGAGGCUUUCCAGCUUGGGAUCUACUGGGCAAAUACGAACACAGUUCACAAAUCUGUGGCGGUUAGGUUGGUUCAUGACAUGACUUCUCCAAAAUGGAAAGACGGGGAUAACAGUGAAGUGGUGUCACUGGAUGAAGAAGGAUUUGUUGAUGCCAACAUCAAACUAGGAGCAUUUCCUGGACAUCAAAAGCUUUGUCAGUUUAGCAUUUCUUCAAUGGUUCGAAACGGAAUCCAAAUUUUGCAGAUUGAAGACAAGACAAUGAUCAUUAACAAUACUUCGUUUAAGAUUUACUACAGCCCACAGAUGUGUGUUUCUCAGCAGCAUUCUGAUGAAGAGUAUGUGCCUGUACCAGACAGCACUGUGUUCAGCAUCAGCCCAGCUGGGGAGCAUAAUGUCACCAAAUCCAACACAGUUCCUUGCUGGGAUCUCAUCUCGGACACCAGUAAUUGCACA